AAUUUCAGUAAUCCCUCCCGAAUUUGAAGUCCCCUUCCUUAGUCGAAGUCAAUUCCAUCUAAAAUUCGUCAAACAAUGAACGAAUCGUCUACAUCUUUGAGGAUUACCAGAGGGUCUUUGGGAAAAUCAAAACAACUUAUACAAGAACAAACCAUGGAAGAGCUGAGAUCAAAGAAAAAAAACGACCCUAUGGCAGUUCAACAAGUUAUUAAAAAUGCCAAUGCUAGAGGCAUUAAAAUUGUACAAGGUACAAGAAAGAGGAAAGCUGUAAUCAUCGAAUCAGAGGAAAAUGAUUCUGAAGUUGUCGGAUCUGAAGAACUUCAUAAUCAUGAGGAAGUCAGAUAUAUUUGCAACAACCGUGAAAAAAGGACAAUUCACAUGCAAUGUUAUACGCAAAUAAACACAUUGAAAGAGCUUCGGAAUAAACUGCCUCCAAAGCAAUAUAAUCGUAUAUGUGCAUCAUCGUGUUUUGCACAGUUAACAGCAAUGAGACGAUGUCACGUGCAAGCACAACUGUUUAGAUGUAUUAUGUUGAGUGAGUUGGAAGGUAGUUCUGUGAAUGCAAUAAUUUUUUAUAUAAAUGGCACAACGCUUCGUUUCACAAUACGGGAAUUUGCCAUUAUUUCUGGUUUGAAUUGCUCUGAUAAUUGUGCUGACUUCAACUUUGAUACUGAUCAACCCAAUAGAAUCAUCGAUGAGUAUUUUCCAGGGAAUUCUCCUGUCACUAAAGCUCGUUUGGCUGAAGCUUUUAAAGCAAAGGUAUGGGGUGACAAUCAGGAAGAUGCAUACAAGUUUGGGAUUCUAUAUUAUAUACAUGAGUUUAUCAUGUCCGCAGAACCUACUACAACAACAAUAGAUAGGUUGGACUUUGAUCUGGUUGAAACAGGUAGAUUUAUGGAUUAUCCUUGGGGUCGGAAGGCUUUUAAUGAACUUGCUAAAUCCAUAAACAACAAGAUAAAGCCAUGUGGACAGUACUACAGAAUUCAGGGCUUUCCACUUCCAAUGCAAGUUUGGUUCUAUGAAUGUUGCUCUUAUGUUGAUGACAAGAUUGCUGUCAAGGUUUCUAGUCACAUUCCUCGGAUUAUCAAUUGGGUGACUAAGAACGACCAUCCUCGGUUUGAUUAUUUCAUGAAAACAAUUUUUAAUGAUGCAGAUAAUCCGGUAUUGGGGAAUAGAAGGUCUACAAGAGGGGUAUAUCCACCAGUUUGGAUGAAAGAUUUUGUGUCAUUAAAUAUGGGGAAGCGAGUGAGGUAUCCUAUAGCUGACAAUGUCGCUUAUAGUCAUCUGUCUAAACCUUAUCAGGAGUUUGUACCUGCAACUUCAGUGCUAGCUGAACCUUCAACCUUUGCUGAAGCCAACAAAGAUUCUAAGUGGAUUGAAGCAAUGCAAGUUCAAAUACAAGCUUUACAAGAUAACAGGACUUUGGAAGUUGAUUGA